CCGGCAAAAUGUAAACACCACACUUGAGACAGAAAAAAAUAAACAUUUAAACAAUAAUAUAGGUUGUACAACAUUCAGAAAUUAUCAACAAAGGACAAUAAUAUAAUAUCUAAACGUUGAAAUGAACCUACGCAUGAUGUACAUAUAUCAUAUAUGAAGGUCCAGUUCCAGUAUAUUCAUUAGCCUGUCUGGUCCCUGCAGUGCUGACUGACUGUCUGGGCUGCAGUCAAAAUCAUGCUGCCCAUCGAGGGAUAAUUUAACGUGUCUACUAAUACUAAAGGGUUUUUAUUUUCACUCCCAUCAUGAAGAAGGACAACAAAACUGAUAAUCAAAGACCCUAUAAACUAUCUCAUCAGAAAAUCUGUCUAACAGGAGUGAACUUUGAGAAGAAAUCUAUUAUUGGUUAUGUUGAUCUGACCAUUCAUCCACUUCGUGCAGAUUUGAAACGUUUAAAAAUCAAUUUUAAACAAGGUCGUAUUUAUCGCAUCUGCAUAAAUGACCAAUGGGAAGCAGCUUUCCUCUACAAUGACCCAACACAAGAAAUUUGCCAGGGUGAAGCCAAGCAAAGGAAUCUGGACUUUUUCCAAAAUUGUCACUUGUCUGCAAUGAGUGCUGUAGAUGCAGACAGUGUAAAUGGGGAAGUUACAAUUAAAUUACCUCCAGAGACACACCCACUGAUUGCUGAACUGCGUCCAUUUCGAUUGUGUAUUGAAUAUUCUUUGGAAGAUCCAAAAGGCGGAAUUCAUUUCGUUGUACCUGAAAUGUCUGGUGACAUGGCAGAUAUUGGAGCACACAUGUUCACCUAUGGCCAUGAAAACUCCUCCAGACUCUGGUUUCCUUGCAUUGAUUCUUAUUGUGAACCGUGUACCUGGAAAAUUGAAAUAACAGUGGAUCGUGAUAUGACAGCUGUAUCGUGUGGGGACUUGAUUGAGGCUGUCUAUAGUCCAUGUCUUAUGAAGAAAACUUUUCAUUAUUACAUGUCUACACCUGUCAGUGCUCCAAACAUCGCUAUUGCUAUUGGUCCUUUUGAGAUUUUCGUAGAUCCAAACAUGCAUGAAGUUACUCAUUUUUGUCUUCCACAUUUGAGUGGAAUCCUUAAACAUACGACAAGUUAUAUCCAUGAAGCUUUUGAAUUCUAUGAAGAAUUAUUAUCAAGUCGUUAUCCAUAUUCUUACUACAAACAAGUUUUUGUUGAUGAAAGUUAUGCAGAUGCAAUGUCAUAUGCCACCAUGACAAUAUUCAGCACAAAUCUUCUGCACUCCUCUCGCAUCAUUGAUCAGACUUUUAUGACAAGAACACUUAUGGCAAAAGCAGUAGCACAGCAGUUUUUUGGUACAUUUAUAUCUAUGCAUACUUGGUCAGAUGCAUGGUUACCCAAAGGUAUCGCUGGGUAUCUUUCUAUGCUGUUCAUCAAAAAAACGUUUGGUAACAAUGAGUUCCGAUAUGUUAUUGCACGAAAGCUUAAGGAAGUCUCUGAGCAUGAAAAUAAAGUUGGUGGAAUUGUCCUUGAUCCAACAAAAAAAGAAUCAAACCUACAUUUCUCUGCUAAAAAUUCCCACACAGUUUCUCCACGGCAUGCAACCAUGUUCAGCCAAAAGGCAAUGUUAGUUAUGAGAAUUUUAGAAUUUCGAAUUGGAACAGAGUUAUUGCUUCAGGCCUUAAAUAAGCUACUGUCCUUAGCUUACAAUGCAUCGCAACAAAAAUAUGUUAGUAACACCUGGGUGAAUAUGCUUUUAUCAACAAGUUCCUUCUCAAAGAUCAUCUCCACCGUAACUGGGAAGGACAUCUUGCCGUUUCUAGAACAAUGGGUUUACCAAAGUGGAUGUGCGCGAUUUUAUGGUAACUUUGUUUUCAAUCGUAAACGGAAUGUUGUUGAACUUGAGAUCAAGCAAGAUAACAGUGUGAAAGGUGCGUUGAAAUAUGUUGGGCCGCUUACAGUAACUAUUCAAGAAUUAGAUGGAUCGUUUAAUCACACGUUUAAAAUUGAGGAAAAUAAAACUAAAUUUGAAAUUACAUGUCAUUCCAAAAGUCGUAGAAAUAAGAAGAAAAAGAUUCCAUUGAUGACCGGAGAAGAGGUUGAUAUGGAUCUUAGUGCCAUGGAUGCUGAUUCUCCAGUUUUAUGGCUCAGAGUCGACCCUGAAUUGAAUACUUUACGUCAGUGUGCUUGGGAGCAGCCAGAUUACAUGUGGCAGUAUCAGUUACGUUAUGAACGCGAUGUUGUUGCACAGAAAGAGGCAAUUGAUGCUCUAUACAAGUAUGGAACACCAGCAACACGGCUUGCUUUAACUGACACUAUUGAAAACGACUCUUGUUACUACAGAAUUAGACUUGAUGCAUGUGAAUGUUUGGCUAGUGUAGCGAACUCUAUGGUUAGUAAUUGGGCAGGGCCUCCAGCAAUGAUGACCAUAUUUAGGAAAACAUUUGGAUCUCAUUCUUGUCCAUCCAUCAUUCGUCAAAACAAUUUCAACAACUUUCAGCAUUAUUAUUUGCUGAAAACGAUGCCAAAAGCAAUGGCAAGACUGAGAAAUAUUCACAAUAUAUGUCCAAUGGAAGUAAUGAAAUUUCUGAUGGAUUUGUUCAAGUACAAUGACAACAGUAAGAAUAAGUAUUCAGAUAAUUAUUACAGGGCUGCAUUAAUUGAGGCGCUGAGUCUGACCAUCACACCAGCAGUUGCUACGGUAACUGUCUCAAGUCAGGGUAUUAGUACAGAAUAUCUUAGCGCAGACAUGAAAUUGAUCUUAGAAGAAUGUACCCGAUGUCUGAAUCUGGAGAAACUUCUCCCUUGUUAUCGACACACUGUAACAGUCAGUUGUAUCAAAUUAAUUAGAACAAUGCAGAAAUAUGGCCAUCUACCCAAUGAUUCUGAAAUAUUCCAGUGUUACGCAACAUAUGGUGUUUUCCGUGAUGUUCGUGUUGCUGCUUUAUCAUGUUUGGUUGAUUUUGUUCGAUCUGAAUCAAAUCAGAUUAUGUUUGAUUGGUUAUUGGAUUUGGUAGAGUAUGAUCCCGAUCCGUUUAUUCGUCAUACUGUCUUGAUGAUGUUCGUAGACAACCCACCUUUCAAAAAAGGUGAGUACAGCCCCAUGAAUACUACAGAAUUAGUGGACAGGUUGUGGAAUUUGAUGAACUCUCUCUUGUGUUCGGACAGUCGUCUCAGAUGUGGCGUCACAGACCUAUACCACACACUGUAUGGCCGUACUCGACCCUUUUGUUUACCCAUUCCAGAAAAUAUGAUGGUUCUUAAUCUCAAGCAAAGAACAACUAUGUUGAAUCCGUCAGUGGUUCCAGAGAAACUUCAGGACCAGAUGUUUGAGGACGAACUAGAAGUAGAAGAAAAUGUCAAGCGAGCUGCAUUUGGAACAGAUGUUGAGAAAUCUGGUCAGAAAAGGAAAGCAGAUUCACCCCUUCUAGAGGUAAAGUCCAAGUUUGAGUCUUCAUUUGUUGAAUUUGUUCGUGCAGGAAGUAUGGAUAAUUCUCAAGCUUCUGAAUCAAAUCCAUCUAAGCAGAUUAAAUUAGAUGAAGAGGGUCAAAAGUCGAAGGUCAUUCAGAAACAGCCAAGUGAAGCUCAAGAUGAUAGAAGCCAUCUCAGCGAAGAUUCCAGUUCUCCAACACAUAGUCAGUCUUCACAGUCAGUGGCAACACCGGCAGCACAAAGCAGCCAGUCUGUUGAUAUUCUGUGUAAUUUGUCUGGACCUAGUACACCCCUUCCGUUGGACUUGUCUCGGACACCAGUUGGCUCUGUUCCUUUGAUGAGUGGAGAGAGUUCCAGCAAGUCGCAUAAAUCAAAAAAGAAGAAGAAAAAGAAUAAACACAAACACAAGCAUAAACAUAGACAUGAUAAAUCACGAGAUGAAGAAAAAAUGUCCAAAGAUCGCGCUAGUUCAGAACAAAGAGAAAGUGAACAAUCAAACAGUAAUCUGGCCCCUUUAACUACUCUAAAAAGUCCCCCUUCAUCCCCCGAAUUUGAAGUUAUGUAAAGUUACAAAGAAUAAUUUAACUGUUGUGUAUGAGAAUUAUGUAACAUUUAAUUGUAAGUCAUUGCUUGAUCUGUGUUUACAAAUAUUCUUAAGUACUAUUUGGUUUUCACAGAAGUAAUCAGUUGUUUUGUUAUUGUUUUCAUUGGUGUAUUCUAAUUGAGAAAUAUUAAAAUUACAGUGUUAAAAAAAAGGGAAAAGAGCUAAUAAAAGACAGCUCCACUUAAUUUGAAAAGAAUAAGUCAAUUGCUGUCCUAAAACUUUCUUUUUUAUUUCUUUAUUGCUUAUAUGAAAGCCCAGCAAGGAAUAACAAUCCAUACUUUUUAUGACAGAUGAUCAGUUUUAAUGUUGUUUGCUGAUUAAAAAAUACAAACUGAUUUAAGUGAGCAAUAUUUUGUUUCAAGCACUGUAUUCAAAACACUACAUGAUGUAUGCAUGCUUUCUGAAAAGAAUGAGUGGAUGAGGUUAAGAUUAUUUCAUACUGCUUUGAGAAAAUUUGAUUAGUGAUAAGUAUUAUAUGAUUUAAGUAUGAAUAACUUCUAGAUAAUAAUUGUUUUGUUUUGAGAUGAUAGGCAGUAUAAACCUAAUUUUAUUAUCAUGUGUUUUAACUCAUUGAUUUGUCAGGUAAUAAAUCAUCUGAAAUAUGUUACUUUAA